AUGUUCGGUGUUGAGUCCGUUUCAUUGUUGGUAAAUGCUCCUUUGGAGCUUUUAAUCGUGUUUUUUGUGGGAAUCUUCAAGAGCUUAGUUGAUAUGAUUGUGAUUCCGGCACUAGACUACUACAGCGAUAAAGAACACGGUGAGAAACAGGAGAAACUGAAAUCAAAGGAGGAAGGUAAAAUAGUCGAAGAGGAAGAAAGUGAAGAUGAAUUUCCCUCUCUUUUCCCCGAGAGACAUAACGUUAACAAGUCCCUUUUCGAGAGUGCAUCCGUAAUUCCAUGUUCGUUAGAUAUUUCGACAGUUGAUUCUGCUAUGUCAAUGUCUAUGACACCCGAAGGACAGUUACAAUGUAAAUUGAAUACAGACGAAAAUACAAAUAUACCAUCCAAUAACAAGUAUAACAUGAUGGUAACACCGCCUACUAGUGUUGAUGCAAAUGGCUUACCAAUCAGUCCAGAGAGUAAUACAUCAUGUACCCCUGUGAAGUCUGAGGAAGAAGGUAUUCCAUCUGCAUCUAUCACUACCGCUACUACAACGAACCUGAAUGCAAACUUAAACUCAGAUACCAUUAAGGCAGAGGUACCUGAGGGGGCCAAUAGCGAAGGUCUAUUCGUUUGCCACUACUGUGAUGCGAAGUUUAAGAUUAGAGGGUAUUUGACUCGUCACAUCAAGAAGCAUGCAAUUCAAAAGGCUUAUCACUGUCCUUUCUUUAUGGGAGAAGCACCACCUGAAUUAAGAUGUCAUAAUUCAGGUGGAUUUAGCAGAAGGGAUACCUAUAAGACACAUUUGAGAACCAGACAUUUUAUCUACCCCAAAGGUGUUAAGCCUUCAGAACGUAAUAAGUCUGCAGGUAACUGUGGGCAAUGUGGUCAAAGUUUUGAAAAUACUGAUAAGUGGGUUGAACAACACAUUGAAAGUGGUGAAUGUAGAGGAUUGCCACAAGACUACGUUAGAAAUAUUAAGUCUGAAAGAAAAUCAGGUAAACUUAAAAUGAUAAAAACCUCUACAGGACAUUCUCGUUUUAUUUCUACAGCUCAAAGUGUCGUAGAACCAAAAGUACUUUUGAACAAAGAAGCAUUAGAAGCAAUGGCAAUUGUUGCUCAUAAUACAAACAGAUCAGAUAUUUUGUCUCGUUACGGUAACAACAAAAUUCUAAUGAUCUCUGCUAAUUUCAAAGGUGAAGCUAAGCCUAAAAAGAAGUAUUCAAGAAAAAGAGGUGGUCAAUCAAGUACCGGUAAGAAAUCAGAUAAUGAUCUAUCGCCACCACAACUGCAACCAGUAUCAUCCUUAUCAUCGACAGGAACUCCUGCAACUUUACCACCUCUAGAAGAAUCUCCAAUGGUUUUCAACUCUUACAGUUUUGAAACGAAUACACCUUGUAUGGACUCUUCAAUAAUUCCAUCCCCUGAGCAAAACCAAUCUUUGGAACCCGUCCCAUCUGCAUCUUCAGCAUCAUCCCACGAAUGUCACUUGAACACUAAUAAUUAUAAUUCCUCUAUGAAUGAAGUUGGCAACAGUAGUAUUAUGUUUAACGAUCCAUUUAAUGUCCCCCUUGAUGCAGAACAAUCUCCAUCUUUUGGUCCACCAGACUAUAACAUGGUGAAUAGCUGUCCUAAUGGCACACCGGGUAAAGGUAUGCAACAAAUUAAUAUAAAUGAAACUUUACAAAGACAGAUGGAUCCGGCCGUAUUGGGAGACAGUCAACUCAGAGAAGUAAGACAAUACGCUAAUUUUUACAGACACACUUUUGGAUACAAAGUGUGA